AUGGAGUCGGUUCCGUUAGCUGCCUUAAACGGCGACUUUCCGUACUGUCGCUCGCAGGCAGUCGAAGCUGGUUAUAACGAGAAUGGAUGGGUUGGCGUGGACGGUAGCGGCAAAGGAGGGAAGGCCUCUCAUGGCAAGCGCCAUGCGAGUCGCUCGUCCGCGCCUUACGCGAGACCUACUUCCGGACGGCACGCUGCCGCUGGCUACGCAGCAGCAGCGUUUCGAACUGCCGCGUCGGCAGCGGGAUCUCCGGGGGAAUCCCAAGGCCUCGCAGACGCGUUGCAAGAAGCGCCGGGUAGGAAUGGCGAAAGGAGUGAUGAGCCGAAGCAAGACGGGGUGGGGAGCGCGGGAACCGGCUGGUUUGGUUCGUGGCGGAAUUCUAUUGGAUCGCUCGUCAGAUGGCCGUGGAGCUCGCGAGACGUUAACCGGCGUAACACGCAAGGCGAGCAGCAAGGCGUGUCGGACAAGCGACCGUCGGACGGCGCAACUAGCAGCGAGCCGGCGGAGGGAGCGAAUGCUGCUGAUGCUGCUGGUGAUAUCCGGGAUCGACAGGCGGGAGGAAGGAACGGGAAGCAAGGGAACGAAGGCGCAGUGUUGACGGAGGUUGAGCUGCUUCUGAGACGAGGGACGCCGCUUUCGCUGCGCGAGUUUCAGCGGCUGAAUGAGCUGCUACGUCAGCACGUUACGCCUCGGGUUACACUUGAUGACGUUUCUGGAGGUGCUGAUGGCGAUGGACUGAACGUAUCGCCUGUAGACGUGGCGAGGGCGUUCAUGCGACCCAGUAUGGCCGCGUUUCCUGCAACGAAAACCCCACCUGCAGCAUCAGUAGCAGAAGAAGCAGCUGAGAAGGGAGUGAGCCUCCGAGCCUGGACGCCGUACCAAACCCAGCUGACGCCAGCCACCAAGUCACGCAAGCGCAGCAACGCACAGCUGCAUGAACCCGCCCCAACCAGUGUAAGCCCUUGGGGUGCUGUACCCCUUAUAAGCCCCUCCGCUGUUCCUCAUAGGCGCAGGGGCAGCAUCGUGCCAAGUGCAGGAGGGCUGCGUAACGGUGGGACUGCUCAAUCUGCCCGGAAAAUCUUGGACACGUUGGAUCGGAUGGCUGGGGCUUUGCCUGCUGCGGAGGGUUUUGGACGGGCAAGGGAAGGAAGGAGAGUGAGUGGGGGUAUUGAGGUGCGAAGAUUGAAGGGGAAAGAGAAGGUUGAUGAGGGGGAGAGCGGUGGGGAGGGAGGGGAGAAUGGGACGAGACGCAGAGAAAACGAGAAGCAGCCGGAACAGCAACAGCAACAGCAGGGACAGCAGAGACAGAAGCAACAGCAGCAGCAGCAGGAGCAGCAGGAGAAGCAGCAGCAGAGGGGUGAUGUGCUGGGAAGGGAGAAGGAGGGGGAGGAGGGUGGGGAGGUGAGGCGUGGAGGUGCUUUGGUGGAUGGUGGAAAGGGAGAGGAUGGGCAGGGGACGAGGAGAAGCCGCCACGGGUUCAGAAUGUCUGUAUUCGAGGUGAGAGUUCGGAUGGGUUUGAAUGGGUUUGGAGGGUUUGGAAGGGUCUGGGUGGGAUAUUAG